CCUACGGGCAGGCUGGAGUCCCGCCAUGACAAUCUGCUCUUUAGAGACCCUCGAUCCUAUGCCUUCCACAUCGCCAAGCUGGCUCCUCAGCUGCAGUCUGAGGGUUUCCCUCCAGCGCAACCUACCCCCAACUUUUCUCCCGGGAGGAUUUAUGUUAGAGGCUGCUUGGCGGGCAAGUCGACUCUGGCACCCAGCAGCACUCCAGGAAAAACCCAGCCGGGAUAAAGUGCGAACUCGAUCCGGGUUUGGGUCUACUCGCCCGGCGGCGCGCGCUUGUUCCGGAGCGGACACCGAGCGUCUGCAGAGAUGCAUUCUGGUUUCUGCAUUCCCAUUGCUUUCAGGAUCAAGGCACUGCUCCGGCACCUACAAAACUCAUAUGGACAGAAAGAGACAACAGGCGAGCUGGAGACGUCACACCAAAAAAAGUGGGGGGUGGGAGGGCAGAGGAGGCAUUUGUGCGAGAGAGGCGCACGGGCUGUAAGUGGGUCCAGCCGAGUUAGAACUUCCUUCUUCCCUCUCCCCUCCCCUUCGUUCUGGCCUGCCUCCCGCCUCCUCCCCCACCCCACUUUCCCUCUCUCUCUCUCUCUCUCUCUCUCUCUCUCUCUCUCUCUCUCUCUCACACACACAUACACACACACACACACACACACACACACAAACACACGCACACACUUGUAUUUUGUGCUGUCGUAAAACCCACGUGUCCAGGCAGGAGGUUUCCAGAGUGGAACCCAGGAGCCAGGACGCGACAGCGGCCAAGCUCAAGCAGCCCACGGCGGCUACGUCCGGCUCGGGUACGCUUGCCCUCCGGCGCCCUCAGCGGGCCUACAAGUUCCUCUUUCAAAUCCCUGGAGGGUUCCUGGCGGCGGGAUCUCUAAGGCUCUCCACCCACACUGCCUGCGGGCAUGUAGCGCACACCCUCCGGCUCGCUAGCCGAGACCCCGCAAGCGCGCACACACCCGCCGCGGCUCGGAGUGGCUCUGAGUUUCCAGCUCCAGGUGUCGGACAUGCUGAAGCCGGGAGACCCCGGCGGCUCGGCCUUCCUCAAAGUGGACCCAGCCUACCUGCAGCACUGGCAGCAACUCUUCCCUCACGGAGGCGGCGGCGGCCCGCUCAAAGGCAGCGGGGCCGCUGGUCCUCUGGGCGCGCCUCAGCCCCUGCAGCCGCCGCCGCCACCGCCUCCGCCACCCCCGCCGGAGCGCUCCGAGCCUCCGCCGGACAGCCUGCGUCCGCGGCCGGCUUCGCUUUCCUCGGCUUCGUCCACCCCGGCUUCCUCCUCCACCUCAGCCUCUUCUGCCUCCUCCUGCGCUGCUGCCGCGGCAGCAGCCGCCGCCGCCGCGCUGGCGGGUCUCUCGGCUCUGCCGGUGGCGCAGCUGCCGGUGUUCGCGCCUCUAGCCGCCGCCACCGUGGCCACGGAGCCGCUGCCCCCAAAAGACUUGUGCCUAGGCGCUAUCUCGGGCUCAGGGCUCACCAAGUGCGGCGGCGGCAGCGGGGAUAGCCGGGGCGUCCCGCGCUUCCGCUGCAGCGCCGAGGAGCUGGACUAUUACCUGUACGGCCAGCAGCGCAUGGAGAUCAUCCCACUCAACCAGCACACCAGCGACCCCAACAACCGUUGCGAUAUGUGCGCGGACAACCGCAACGGCGAGUGCCCCAUGCACGGCCCGCUGCACUCGCUGCGCCGGCUCGUGGGCACCAGCAGCGCCGCGGCCGCCGCACCUCCACCGGAGCUGCCUGAGUGGCUUCGGGACCUGCCAAGGGAGGUGUGCUUGUGCACCAGUACUGUGCCGGGCCUGGCGUAUGGCAUCUGCGCGGCACAAAGGAUACAACAGGGUACCUGGAUUGGGCCAUUCCAGGGCGUGCUCCUGCCCCCGGAGAAGGUGCAGGCGGGCGCGGUGAGGAACACGCAGCAUCUCUGGGAGAUAUAUGAUCAAGAUGGGACACUACAGCACUUUAUUGAUGGUGGGGAACCUAGUAAGUCGAGCUGGAUGAGGUAUAUCCGAUGUGCAAGGCACUGCGGAGAACAGAAUCUAACAGUAGUUCAGUACAGGUCGAAUAUAUUCUACCGAGCCUGUAUAGAUAUCCCUAGGGGCACCGAGCUUCUGGUGUGGUACAAUGACAGCUAUACGUCUUUCUUUGGGAUCCCCUUACAAUGCAUUGCCCAGGAUGAAAACUUAAACGUCCCUUCAACUGUAAUGGAAGCCAUGUGCCGACAAGACACCCUGCAGCCCUUCAACAAGAGCAGCAAACUCUCCCCCGCCACCCAGCAACGCUCCGUGGUAUUCCCACAGACUCCGUGCAGCAGGAACUUCUCCCUCCUGGAUAAGUCUGGGCCCAUUGAAUCAGGAUUUAACCAAAUCAACGUGAAAAACCAGCGGGUCCUCGCCAGCCCGACUUCCACAAGCCAGCUCCACUCGGAGUUCAGUGACUGGCAUCUCUGGAAAUGCGGGCAGUGCUUUAAGACUUUCACGCAGCGGAUCCUCCUCCAGAUGCACGUGUGCACGCAGAACCCGGACAGACCCUAUCAAUGUGGCCACUGCUCCCAGUCCUUUUCCCAGCCUUCUGAACUGAGGAACCACGUAGUCACUCACUCCAGUGACCGGCCUUUCAAGUGCGGCUACUGUGGCCGUGCCUUUGCCGGAGCCACCACCCUCAACAACCAUAUCCGAACCCACACUGGAGAAAAACCCUUCAAGGUUCAACUCAUUCUCCUCCAACUACACUCCUAAAAGGAUCUGAAGCAAACUUUUCCUGUUGCUAAUCCUGCAAUCCUUACAGAGAGAAAAAGUGGAAGAGAGACCUCGAACAAAUUACAAAGGAGGAAACCUGCAUGAGAAAGCCACGUUUUUAUACUUGGGGCCAACUGGAUCUUCCUUAUAUGAUGACCUAACUUCAUUUCCAAGCUGUGUGUCCUUUUAUGGGGGAGUAAAAGAGGGCUGGUUAAUGCCUGAGACUUCACUGGUAGGAAAACUGAGCCUCCGUAUAAUUCAUUCUAUUUAUUGCACGAAGGUACUGUUAGGUUUUUGUGCCACCCAUGACUCGAAUGGCUGCAGUGUUGGAGUGAGAUCCUGCCCUCCACAGGCCAGGGCCACAUAUGUCACAUUAAUUAUGUUCCUAAUGCUCUUCCCUGGUACCCCUGUGUUUCCAAGUGCUUAGUGCUCCUAUGAGUAAAUGAUUUCUUUCCACUACUGCUUAAAGUGCCAGAAGGCAAGAGAAAUUUAAACAGACCUAAGAUCAACAUUGUGAGUUUACUUGGCCUCCCCAUCCAGCAACACUGCCAUAAAUUUCUUCAACUUCUUAGUUGGGAAUUUUAAAGGCCUAUAGUGUUGGCAAGGUUUAUAUAACAAUGUUUCUUCUAUAUGGAUUAUAAACUUGCAAAAUCCCAAGCAGUCCUGGGUAUCAUAUUUGGUCAGUAGGUCAACAUGAGAAGACAACAGAAAAACUCAACACCAUGUCCAGCCAAACACUUUUUGGUUUUGGCGCAGUGGGUAGAAACAGCUUGGUCAGCUCCAUCUCUGACAGGGUCAGGAGCCUGGAUCUUAAGGAGUGUUGUGGGCCUCCCCAACCCCUUUGGAGCUUUGCCAUAUUAGAAGUCUGUGGCCCUUUCAGAGCCAGGGACCCUAAGCCAGAGGGGCCUUGAGGAAUCUCCUUUGGGUUAUAAUAAGCUCCAGUUUCAUGAGGUUCUCAGAGUGCAGGAAUGCUUGGAAAGCAGUGCUGGUCUGUGCUGAAUUUGGCCCUGGGAGGCCUGGGGUUCAUCAAGCAGGCAAGUGCAUUUGAUUCUAUCAAAUGAACUUUUGUGAUAAGAUGCUGCCUCUCCUUCCCUGCUCGACCACAUUUCCUCUUCCCAACGACCUGCUCUGGAAGUUAUAUAUCUUUUCCCAGGCCCGUUGUAGUUGGCAUGGACCACUCUUAUAUAAGACUAGUGGGUGGAUAUCGUUUUGAUCAGCUUUUUACCACUGUGACCAAAAGACCUGGCAAAAAAUUUUAGAGGAGGAAGAGUUUAUUUGGAGUUCACUAUUUUCAGAGGUCUCAAUACAUAGAAGGCCGACUCCAUUGCUCUGGGCCUUAAGAGAGGGUGGGCAUCCUGGCAGAAAGGUGUGGAGGAAGAAAGCAACUCAAGACAUGGCCACCAUAAAGGGUGCAGAAAGAACUCUAAUUACCAGAGGAUAAAAUUAGAAACCCCAAGUCAUUCCUCCAGUGACCAACCUCCUCCAGUCACACCCUGCUUACAGUUAUCACCCACUUAAUCUAGUCAAGUGGAUUAAUGCUCUGAUUAGGUUAAGACUCUUAUAACCCAGUUGUUUCACCUCUGAGCUUUCUUGCAUUGUCUCACAUAUGACCUUCUGGGGCACACCUCAUGUCUACACCAUAACAAAUCUUUGAAGUGACUUAGCUUCAAGGGCAGCCCAAAUGUCCCUCACUAAAGCCAAAGAGCAUUUCAUUAAUAAGACCUGGUGUCUUCAAAUGAAGUUCUUCUCUCGAGGCAAGUGUCAAGAUUGUGUCUCCUCCGGUCACUCGGCAGAACAACAAGACUUAGCAUUGGAUAUGACUCAUUAUGGGCAAAGAGCUAUGCGUGAAGACCUGAUGGCUAACAACUGGCCAGCAACCGAUUGACUUCAGUAUCUAAGUCUCAGAGUGAUGUACAGAAACCCUUCUUAUUUCCCUAUGAAGCUACAAGGGAUCUACUCAGACUUUGGAGAGGCAUUUGGGUUUAUUCUUAGUGAGAAAAAUUGUGAAGAUUGCUCUUCUGGCUCUAAUUCACUGUCUAGGAGGGUAAAAAAGAAUUUCAGUCAGCAAGCCUGACUAGCAAGAAGGAGAAAGAAGCAUCUGAAGUUCUUGGGUUGAUGAGAGGAAGGUCCUAACUUUUCACUUUAUCAAGGCUUGCCUUGUUUCUAGAAGGAAAUGAAAAUAUAAAGACAUAAGAAUGAUACAGAAGACCAAUUGAAAAAUAUUGGUUUAUAGUACUUAGUCAAAUAAGACAUGUCAGGGGAGAAAUGACAGACAAUGAAAUAAUACACAGUCAUGCAGGUGUUUCUGAUUUGUUCUUUCUUUAUUCAAUCCCAGACAGUAUUCAGUUAAAUCAAAAGGUUUCCAUUGAAAAUUGAUUCAAGAACAUUACUCUUUAAAUCUAUGAAUCAUUAACCUAUAACACUCAUCACCCGAAGGCAAUAUUUAAGGUCCAAAUGCAGAAGAAAAGAACAAAUGAUUGGGAUGGCAGUUUAUUUAGAUCAAAAAUUUUAAAAUAUUUUUUGGUAACAGUGGAACUUUUAAAACCUGAAAUCUUAAACAAAAUUCCAAUACAAAGAACAGUUAAAAGUGGAAAUGUUGCCAAGCUCAGUGGCACAUGCACGCAAUCCUAGUGACUCGGGAAGCUGGACUGAGGCAGAAGAAUCACAAGUUCAGAGCUAGCCUUAGCAACUUAGUGAAACACUAAGCAACUUUGUGAGAUCCUGUCUCUAAAUAAACAAAUAAAUAAAAAGGGCUGAGGAUAUAGCUCAAUAGUAAAGUGUUCCUGGGUUCAAUCCCCAGUACAAAGAAGAAAAGUGGAAAUGUGUUGAUUGGAGAGAUACCCACUGGCCUUCACAUUGCCCAUUGAAGCACCCAUGCUCUGUAGAACAGAGUAUGUAAAUUUGUAUUUUAGGUAAUUAUUUUAAAACUAGUCAUUGGACCAGACAUCCUCCACAAACUUAUCACCGAGGAGCCACAGCUGAUGGAACAUUGGCAUUUCUGGAGAAGAAGCAUCUGGGCUUGGUUUUGCCAUGAAUAGUGACGUUAGGAGAGAAUUAAUGCUGCCAAAGGAUGCAGUCAUUUUCCACUUUCUUCCCUUGUAAUAUGGAAGCUAUUGAAUGUACCAAGAUCAUAGGUUAUGAUUAAUGUGAAAUGAUCCAUUCACUCGGGGUCCCUCCUAUGCAGGGAUACUGCUACAAUCACUCUCUAAUUCCUGAAUUUGCUAAUGUUUAGAGGGAACUACUCUGAAAGGUAACAGAAAAACAAAUUUUAUCACAAUAUCUCCUGUUGAAAUGUCAAUCAUAAUUUGAUGUCAUUGCACUUAUGAAAUUACUCUCAACAGAAAUUUAUUUGGGUCUCCAGAGACUGAUUGAGAGCAAAUGAGAGUAUUUAAGAUUAUUUUCUGACUUUUUGCGUGCCCCUCUCUGAGGACUUUAUGUCUAUAUUUUUAAUUUGGGAUAUGACUAAAAUAGAUUUAUUUUCAAAUCAGAUGCCUCUGGCCCACAUCAGGCGUUGGUCAUGUGUGUGACGCAUUAUUCGCCUUGCCUUCUGUUCCACAUGUGAAGCCAAGGGCCUCUUAAAGCCAAGUUCCUAUGGAUUUUAAAUACAGCGUUAGUCUUGGAGUUGGGUUAGUUGUAAGUGAAAUAAACAGCUUAGCAAAGGAGGUACCAAUAUGAUCUAAAGGGCUUUAUUUCUAGUUGAAUAUUCACUUCCAAAUCAAUUUGAAAUUAAAUUUAUUUAGGCCAUCAAUUGCCAAAAGUAGGUAAUUUUGAAUAAGAAGAUGCUUCCUGAGAAAUUAGCAUGAUCUUUCAUAUUUAAAAUUCUGUUUACCUUAAUGAAAAGUGGCUAGUAAGAUCCCUUAUGAAGUCCCAUUUUAUAUGAAAAUUUGAUUGCGACGUCAUAUUUAAGGCAAGAAAUGUGUUUAGUCAAAUCAUUCUUUGAAAACCCUUAUGAUACAGAUAAAUCCUUGUAACACAUGGUAAUAUGUAUGUAUAAAAGUUAAUUAUGUAGUAAAUACGAAGUAUAAUAAAGAUUACACAA